AUGGCAAAAGAAUCGAUUUGUGUCCUUGAAGCAGAUCGACCAACAGGCGUUGCAACAGUUAAAGCAUUAUUCGAAUCAACGAAAUCAAAUCGUACUCAUGUGACCGCUGGUGUUUCACCUAAUUCCUCAGAAGAAGUUCGUCAAAAAUUAAAACAAAUUGGAGCCCAAGUAUUCGUUAUUGAUGAUCCAAAUCAUGUUACGUUUAAUGAUGUUGUAAAACUUCAAAUUAUUUUAUCUCCAGAAAGAUUGGAUGCUGCUAAGCUUUACAUCGAUUCUGCUGUGAAACAUAGAGUUCCAUUCGUCUUGUUACAGUCAGUGAUUAAUGCCGAUGAGAGAGAUGAUUAUUAUGGUAAAAAAUUUAAAGAAAUUGAACAUCAACUUCAGGAAUAUGCUGAUAAAGAAUGUCAUCCUGUUGAAGGAGGACCUAAAGCUCAAAAAGAAGCUCACAUCCAUCGUCAUUGGUCGAUCUUGAGAGUUGGAUUUUAUGAUCAUUAUUUGCUGUCAUUUAAAGAUUGUAUCAAGAAAGGUAUUUUGGAUCUGCCCAUCGGAAAUGGUCAGUUUGCACCUGUUGCAGUUGAAGAUGUUGGUAAAGCAUCAGCACAUAUUCUCGACAAAUCUGAGAAUUUUUUCAAUAAAACAAACACACUCACGGGUUCAGAAUUAUUCGACGGAAAAAAAUUGGCUGAACGACUAUCUGCAACUCUUCAUCAUAAUUUAUCCUAUAAACCAUCGGAGGAUAUUGAACAUAUUAAAGAAGAUCAUAUUAAAAAAUAUAUUAAAUCUCCCAUUGAAUCGGACGGAACGUUUCAUUUGCUUUCAUUAAUUAAAGAGGAUAAGUUGAAAUUUGUUAGUCCUAAUUUUAUUGAAAUUGAAAAAUAUACACAAAAAACUGUAGAGCAAUUCUUUAAGGAACAUAAGGAGGAAUUUUUUUGUGAACAAAAAUGA